AAAUUAUGGAUAUGUAUGUCUGGAUUGGCAGUACAAUCUAAUAUUAAUUUUUAUUACAACACUUAGAAUACGUGAACUACUUUAAAAUGCAGAGAGAGGAAAAGCAAUUGGAUUCUGCUUUGGAGGCUAUUAUUAUCAGAAUAAAUGACUUAAAAACAUCCAUAGCUGCAAUGAUAUUUAAAUUGGAGCAUGAAUAUGAAACAUUAAAUUGGCCUAACUUUCUUGAUAAUUUUGCACUUAUUUCAGGACAUUUAACUAGUCUUUCAAAAAUUUUGGGACAUGAUAAGGCGCCAAAUUUACGAAAUUUAACAGUUUUACCAUUACGUUUAUGUCCUGAAAAGGAUGAAGAAUUACUUCGAUUGACAGAAGGUAGAAUUUCUACAUUUGCUCAUGAUCUGGUACCAGAUUACCUGCGGACUAAAGUGGAGCCUCAAGCUGAACAAAAAAUGUUACAGCUUGAAGCAAAAGCUGCAAAUUUAAAUUAUGAGACAUCACAUAAACAAGUGGCACAGUACACAAAAGUUAUUAGUCAUAUAUGGGAUAUAGCAAACAAAGCACGUGAAGAAUGGGAAAGUGAAGCUGGAUCUAGAGCAACUCAAGCUCAGACUAGUAGCACAGCAGAUACCCAUGCUCUUGUAACAGCUGUAGGUAUGGGUAAAGGUUUGAAGUCUGAUUCUGUCCAAAUGGUUCAGUCUGGUGUUAAUUCUGUUCCUAGUGGAAUGAUGGUAGGUAGACCAGGAAAUCAACAACAAACUUCAGGACAAGGAGCUCUAGGAAAUCCACCUAUGGGACAAAUGAGUAAAGCUCCAAGUGCAAUUAAAACUAACAUUAAAGCAGCAUCACAAAUUCAUCCAUAUAGAUAA